AUGGCUCUGUCCCUCCACGCCGGCGAGCUCGCCCGCCCCCAGCCCAACUUCUUCUUCCUCGAGGUUCUCGCCGAUCUCUGGCACCCCGAAAGCAACCCGCGAGGAUACGUCAACCUGGGCCUCGCCGAAAACUGCCUGAUGCACGGCCAGCUCCUCUCCCGAAUGCACAUGAUGCUCAAGGAGCCCGGGGCGAUACCGGACCUCGCCCUCACCUACGGCGACGGCUACAAGCGCCUGCGUCAGGCCGUCUCGCGGUUCCUCACGCGCCAGCUGCAUCCCUUCUUCCCCAUCGAGCCGAGCCACGUGCUGCCGGGGAACGGGUGCACCGUGGCCAUCGAAAACAUGGCCUGGGCCUUGGCCAACCCGGGCGAGGGCAUCCUCGUCGGACGGCCAUAUUACGGCGCGUUUCCGACCGACAUUGGCAAGCGGACGGGCGUGAAGUUUGUGCCCGUGUCCUUUGGCGACGAUGAUGCCAUGGGCAUGGCCGCCGUGCAGCGCUACGAGGACGCCAUCUGCGCGGCCAGGGACGGCGGGGGACGCAUCGGCGCCAUCAUGCUCGCGCACCCGCACAACCCGCUGGGCCGGUGCUACCCUCGCGACGUGCUCGUCGCCUACAUGCGCCUCUGCGAGAAGCACCAGGUGCACCUCGUCAGCGACGAAAUCUACGCCCUCUCCGUCUUUGACAACACCAUUGACGGCGACGCCGACGCAUCGGCGCCGUUCACCUCGGUCCUGUCCAUCGAUCCGGCCGGCAUCAUCGACCGAAGCCUCGUCCACGUCCUCUGGGGCAUGUCCAAGGACUUUGGCGCCAACGGGCUGCGCAUGGGCUUCGUCGUCACGCAGGCCAACACGAAGCUGCAAGCCGCCCUCGGGUCCGUCUUUGAGUUUUCCUGGACCAGCGCCCUGUCGGACCUCGUGACGGUGCGGAUCCUCGAGGACGACGACUGGGUCGAAUCGUACCUCGCCGAAAACCGGCGGCGGCUGGCGGCGCACCACGAAAGGGUGAUUCGCUGGGCGCGCGAGCACGAGAUUCCGUACGCCGCCGGCACCAACGCCGGCUUCUUCGUCUGGGUGAACCUCGGGUCCGCGUACAGGAGGCAUCGGCCGGGACGAAGCGUCGCGGACGUCGACGAGACGGUCAUGAAGGCGUUGCUCGAGAGGAGAGUCUUUUUGGCCGACGGCGUCCGCUUCGGAGCCGAGCAGGCCGGCUGGUUCCGCAUCAUCUUUACGCAAGAGGCCGACAUUCUCGACGAGGGGCUGCGGAGAAUCCUGGCCGUCGUCAAGGGCGACACGGACCGUAGAUGA